UGCAGUUUUGAAUCUCACUGAGUUGAAUUAACAAAAUUUUGAAUAUAUUUUAAUUGCAUUCUACUCGGUUUUUAUUUCAAUAAAAUCAGCAGAAAAACAAUAAGUAGAAUUUAUUUAUUUUCAUAGGUAAAGUCAAAAGUGCAGAAAAUUGAUAAAUUUUACUCAUUGGGAGGCCUUUAUUUUUCCCGCCCCAAAGCAUUUGAACAUCCAGUCUGCUUGGCAUUUCAUGGACUACCGUUUGCUUAAAGAGAUGGAGGCAAAACUCAGAGUAAUAAUUGACGACCGAAUUGAGAAGUUGGUCCUCCCAUCAGGCAUCCCGCCCACUGUGGAGGAGCUGCAUAAUAUUGUGAAGGAGACCUUUGGGAUUUCUACUGAGUUCAGUCUUCAGUAUUUUGAUGUGGAAUUUGAAGAUUAUUUUACUCUUCACAACAGUGAUCUUAUCAAACACAAAGGCACCAUAAAGGGAGAGGAUGAAGAAAGUCAAGAACAAGAGAGGAUUCAGUUGUUUACUGAAGUAAAGAAAGAGGACAACAACGCAUUGAUAAAAGAAAAAAUGGCCAAAACAUUUGCACACAGAAGAAACGAAAUCAUUAACCAAUCACCCAGUAUAGAGAAAAUUAAAGCCAGAUGGCCCGCUCUAUUUGAGCCGUCUCACAUCCAGGAUGAGUUUCACAGAAUCACAAUGGUGCAUCUUGAAUCAAAGAUCAUGUCCAAACUGGAUGAAUAUACUCCUCGACUUCUGAACCUCUUCCACUCCAAGGGCGGAACCAUGGAGUUGAGGUUGCAGGCUAUCCUACUCGAGACUCCAAGCAAUCCUGACAUCAACAUGACCAGAGAUGUUACCAUUUGAUGUUUGAUGAUGUACCUUGGGGAAUCU